UGACAGUGAAGUGUAACAUUUUAUGUUGACUUUACGUAUGAUAGUCGAUUAUUAUAUAUCGAUUGAAUUUUAAUAAAUAAACUGAAAGAAGUUAAUAUUAUAAAUAUGUCGACUAAGAAUAAAACAACAGAUGUUGCUAGUAAGGGAAAAGUUACAGAGUCUCUUUGGACAAAAGCAUUUACCUCCAACACAGAAUGGUCCGACAAGGAAGAGUUUUUAGAUGUGAUAUACUGGAUGAGACAAGCCAUUGGUAUAGUACUAGGUCUCUGUUGGGGCCUUAUACCUUUGAAAGGUUUUAUUGGAAUCCUGUUAUUUGUGGCUGUGAAUGCAGGUGUGAUAUAUUUAUAUGUUAGCAAUUACCAAAAUGUUGAUGAAGAAGAAUAUGGUGGUAUGUGGGAGAUCACUAAAGAAGGAUUCAUGACUGCUUUUGCAGGAUUUUUGGUGACUUGGAUAAUUAUAUACACAGGUUUACAUGGAAGUGAGAGUUUAUGAAAACAUAUUUUAAUGAACUGAGGACAUAAGCCAAGAAUUCUGCCAAGUGUUGAGAACAAGAAUAGUGAUGUGGUGUGAUGGUUUAUUGAUUUUUGUGUGUUGUCUCGGAUGUUGAAGGUAGGCUUAGAUUUCUUUUAAAUCAAUCGAUAAUUUUGCAAUCAUAUAAUCUAUGAUGUGACUCAUAUUUAUUCAUGCAAGCAAUAUUUUUUUUAUUAAUAUGAUAUAAAAAGGAUUGAAGGAACUUAGCCUUAAUUUGUUCUUGGUUCUUAAAGAAAAUUUUGAUAAGUAUAUUUCUGCAAAUAAAUACUCUGUAUUGCAAUGGAUGUUGCCAGAUUAAAAUAUAUCUGUGUUGUGUACAAUACAGUUAUGUUAUAUUAGAAGUAUAUAAUGUAGUCGUGAAUUUUUAAAUAUAAAUCUGAACUUUAAUAUAUUUUCAAUACAACUGAUGCAUGUUUUAAGAUGUAAGUGAUUGGGCUAAAUAAUUCAAGCAAUAAUAUUCAUAAAUAAACAAUUUUAUAAAUUAAUAUAAAAUUUGGAAGA